AUGCACAACGCCGUCCUCGAGUGGCUCUCAAAUCUCUUCGACACGUCGGUCGGCGACGGUCGGCUGGGCGUUUCGGUCUCGCGGCUGCAGGGCACUUCGCCGAUCGCGCUGCAGAUGGCGCUGCAGAACAAGCUCGUCGAGCUGCGCUCCACGUACGCCUCUAUCCCGGACCAGCUCUCCGGGCGCAUGCCGCUCGCGUACGUGCAGCUGGUUCAGAUCCUGACCGACCUGCUCAUCUUCUGCACGCCCUUUGCGCUCGUCCACUCCGUCGGCGGCUUCGGCGCCGUGCUGGGCGCGCUUGUUCGCACGUCUGUCGUGACGCUCUUCCACUCCUCCAUUGCGCCGCUGCUGCGCGACGCGGGCAUCGUAGGCAUUAACGCGGCGACGCUGCUCCAGGAGACCAACGUCGGCUCCGAGCGGUGGCGAAGGGGCGGCGGCUGGAUGCCAGAGGCCACCCGGCCGGUGGGGCGGGCGCAGCAGCCAGACGAGCCAACCGCGUCGCCGCGGCACGAGGGGCAUGAGCGGCCCGCGUCGGGAGGGAACCCGCAGCCCGCGUCCGAGGCGCUGCAGGAGCUGCAGGGCGGGGUGGUCGCCACCGCCGCCGCGUCCGGUUUCGCGGCCGCGGCCGCUGGGGGCGGCGCCGGUGACGAGGUUGCGAUCGAUGGUGGCAUGGGAGAUAGUGGCGAUGAUGGGACUAGCUGA